AUGUCCCAUCAAUCAGGAAUUACAGCAAAUGAAUCACUGCGAGCGAAAUUUAACGAGAUGAAAGAUGGACACAUUCGAGUUGUUGUCAUUGUUAUUGAAAACGAAACUCUCGUUAUCAAAGACGAGUACGCUGCUGAACAUUCGUUCAAUGAAGAUUUCGAGAAACUGGUUUCGCCGUUAGUUCAGCCUAAUCGUCCGGCCUACUAUUUCGUUCGUCUUGAUACAAUCAAUGAAAUCAGUGGACAUAACUGGCUAUUAAUUGUUUACAUUCCCGAUGAAGCGAAAGUUCGAGAACGAAUGCUUUAUGCCUCCACAGUUGCCACACUCAAACGUGAAUUCGGUAUAGCAUAUAUCACCGAAGAGAUUCGUGCAUCGUCUAUCAAUGAAAUGACGCUCAAUUCAUUUCAUCAACAUAUUCGUACUCAAGCCGCACCACCACCUCGAACAAUGCGUGAAGAAGAAAUGCUCGAAAUCAAACAGCGAGAAGUCACAUCCGACAUCAGCGUUGAUUCGAAACAUCAAACACUGCAAGGCUUAAUGUUUCCAUUCGAUGAGAACGUUCUCGAAGCAUUGCAUCUAUUCAAAAACGAAAGUGUCAAUUACAUCCAAAUGGAGAUCGAUCACGAAAAAGAACGAAUAUUUUUAACCCAUUCGGAAUCGAAUGCCACGCCUGAAAGUAUUCAAAAAUCGUUUCCUGAAAAUGCUGGACGAUACCAUGUUUAUCGAUUUACACACGAAUUCAACAAUGAAACAUUACAUUCCAAUUUCUUUCUAUAUUCUGUACCCGGUCAUGGCUCGAAAAUAAAACAACGUAUGGUUUAUGCCAGUUGUAAAGAAAGUGUUAUUGACAAUAUUGAAAAGAAACACGGCAUCACUUUCGAACGCAAGUUAGAACUCUGUGAUAUCAGUGACCUUACAACUGAUUACCUCUUUCAACAACUUCAUCCGGAAGCAAUAGCAAGUGCAAGCAAGAAGUCGUUCGCAAGACCGAAAGCGCCGUCUACACGUGGCCCACGCCGUUUACUCAAAGCAGCUGAUAAUCCCGAUGAAUAA